AUGUCCUACGAUGGAAUUAUAGGAGAAAUUCAAAAGAAAAGGGCUGAUAUAGGUACUGGGUUAUAUGCCAGACCGGAUCGAAUACCUUAUGUUGAUUAUGGUGCAUCAGUUUAUACUUUAGAAAAUGGUAUUAUGUUUCUUGGUCAAGGUCACGUUUUACCAUACUUAAUUUAUAUAAGACCAUUGGAUACGAAGGUUUGGUACGUUCUCAUUUUGCUAGUUACGUUAAUACAAGUUAUUUUGAGAAUUGUACAACGCGUUGCCAAUGUUACAAGCGACGAAAAAACUGAAAAUAGUUGGAGUCAAAGUAUUAUUUGUAUUCUAGGACAUUUAUGUCAACAAGGUGCGUCAGAUAUUCCUCGGCUAUAUUCCGGUCGUAUUUUAAUUUUUACGCUCUCACAAUUUGCUUUACUUCUUUUUCAACUCUAUUCAGCAAGCGUUGUUUCAUCACUUUUAAUAAAACCGCCGUCUGACAUACGUAAUUUAAAGGAUUUAGUUCGCAGUGACUUGGAAUUUGGUUGUGAAGAUCUAAAAUACGUUAGAGAUUUAUUUAAUACGACAAAUAUUCAGGUGUUAAAAGAGUUAAAGGGAAAGAAAUUGAAGGAAGCUAAUUAUAUGCCACCAAAAGAAGGAUUAGCAUUGGUUAACAAAGGAACAUUUGCUUAUCACACAGAAUUGAAAACGGCUUACCCAAUGAUUGAAAGGACCUUUUCGAAUACACACGUUUGCGAUUUACAAUUUUUAAAAUUGGUUCGAGAUGCGAAUUUAUAUACGAAUUAUCAGAAAAGUUCGCCUUUUAGAGAUAUGAUGAAUGUUUGUAUACGAAGAUUAGAUGAAACGGGAUUAACGGAUCAUCUUCAGAAAGAAUGGGGGUUUAGAAAACCAGUGUGCUUUAGAGAACCUUAUUUAGCUGCUUCUGUGGGCAUCAACGAAUUCUUGCCAUUAGCUACAUUACUUUUUGUGGGAUAUCUUAUAAGCUGUUUGAUAUUAAUCGUUGAAAUUUAUUCCCGUCAAUUUACAGUAAAGAAUUCAAGAAAACUUGAAUUAAAGAUUACGAAGUGAUUGGAAUGAAAAAAGAAGCUUUCGUUCCAGUAGAUUCUUAGAAAAUAUUUUUGAAUUGCAAUAACUGUCAGUCAUUUUAAAUUUUAACGAACACAUCAAUCACUUUUCAACGAAGUUUGCAAAAGUAAACACAAAUGCGCAUAAAAGAGAUUGUAAAAUACUAAAGGUUUCUACUUCUGUUUGUAAUAUUGUUCAAGUCGCUAUGAAUCGUUUAGUUAUAUUAUUGUUGUGUAUUUACAACGUUUAUUCGCAAGUUGAUAUUAUAAAAGAGUACCUUAAUAGUAAAUUUCUCACAUUAGGAUAUGUAUUUACAUGUAUCACAA